GUUCACACUGCCACGGGCGCUGUCAGACAGGACUAAAGGAAAGAGUUGGUUUCCUAUAUAAUUAGGAGCGCGCCGCCUAAACACAAAGCUGAUUACUCCUCAUUCAAUGGCUUGUUAUUGCCUGUUUUUCUCAAUCUCUCUCUCUCUCCUUUUCCUCCUCUUUCUUUAUCGCUCCCUCACUCAUUCUCUCCUGCGCUCAGAACUCUUUGCAGAAAAUCCAAGCUCGAGACGGGCUUCUGACGCACCGGGAGCGUAAUCGCCGAGGCGCACGGACAGUGCGAACAGUAAGAAAAGACUCACUUUUGCUCAGCAGCCUUGUGCUUUUGAUUCGUGCGUGUGUCUGAAGGUGUCCGUGGGUGAGCCUUCGUGGGAUAUUUUGGCUGCACGAAGAGGCUGGCUUGACAGAUGCGCCCCUCCAUUCCGCCGGGAGGAGGACUGGACGCACGAUGAAGUGCAGGCGAUCACCUCGCAGUAUUUUUUAUUUUAUUCUCCAGGUGAAGAACUGUUGCGCCAGGGUUUAGGAACGGACACGCCUUUUGGAUAUAACGUGUGGAAAUAACAGGCUGAGCUGCUGGAAUUGCCCAAGAGGAUGUGAAAUUUUCUUCGUGCCGGUUUUUGUGGAAACUGUGGAAAAGGUGAUGCACGGGCUGUAACGAAUCUUCGUCUGCCGAUUUUCGCAACGUGCUCCGCGAACGCGAGGGUGGAAAAAAAGGAAAGUGUUCCCAAAUUCCUUUGCGCAAACAUUUUUAAGUCCCUAGAUAAAAAGUUAUCCUAAUAGAAACCCUGCGUGGAUCGCCGUGAGUUAUCUCCCUUGCUAUCUCUGGAAAUGUGAGCCCACGGGAGCCCAGUGCGCACCGUAUAGAUUCACCGGGGCUGCGACGCACAGCCGAAUCUUCCAACGGGGAUCCGGGCUUCACGCCGCGGCAGCGCAGACGACGUUCUCGUUCUUUCUCACAGAAAUGCCUCCGAGUGCACGGAUUCCGCAGACGGCCAGUGGACACUGAUUCUCCAUGGUGUUCACGGGCCAGGUGUCUCCGAGAAGGCGAAACCUCGGCUCCUCUGUUCAGUGCAUCCUGGACACACCUUUUUAAUGUCAGUCGAGAUCUCGCCUCGGUUGCCAUGACGAGCGAGGAGCGUCCUGUGCCGCUGGGGAGCGCCUCCUCGGCGGUGCCAGGGCAGAGCGAGGAGUACGGCUCGGCGCAGGCUGAUGACAUCAUCGAGGAAGUGGGUCCGGGCGACGACGUCAGCGUGGGCAGCGACCUCAGCGCGCUGGUGGUGCCCUUCCCGGACCUGGCGCCCGUGGUCUUCUUCUGCCUGAAGCAGACCACCUGUCCUCGCAACUGGUGCAUCCGCAUGGUCUCCAGCCCGUGGUUCGAGAGGAUUAGCAUCAUGGUGAUCCUGCUCAACUGCGUGACGCUGGGCAUGUACCAGCCCUGCGAGAACAUCGACUGCACCUCCGACCGCUGCCAGAUACUGCAGGCUUUCGAUGCAUUCAUCUACAUCUUCUUUGCGUUGGAAAUGGUGGUAAAGAUGGUGGCACUUGGGAUCUUUGGCCACCGCUGUUACCUGGGAGACACCUGGAACAGGCUGGAUUUCUUCAUUGUCAUGGCUGGAAUGGUGGAGUACUCGCUGGACCUGCAGAACAUCAACCUGUCGGCCAUUCGAACGGUGCGAGUCCUUCGGCCGCUUAAAGCCAUCAACAGAGUCCCAAGUAUGCGUAUCCUGGUGAACCUACUCCUGGACACUCUACCCAUGCUGGGCAAUGUGCUUCUCCUCUGCUUCUUCGUCUUCUUCAUCUUUGGCAUCAUCGGCGUGCAGCUGUGGGCCGGGCUGCUGAGGAACCGCUGCUACCUGGAGGAGAACUUCACCCUCUCUUCAGGCAUGACCCUUCCGCCUCCAUACUAUCGGCACGAGGAGGACGACGAGCGCCCCUUCAUCUGCUCGCUUCCGUCUGAUAACGGCAUCAUGUCAUGUUCCGAUGUGCCAGCAAGGCGCGAAGGAGGCCGCACAUGCUGCCUGGACAGGGAGGACGCGCUCCACAGACAGGCCCUGGGCCUGAGCCCCGAGCCACUGGCAAACGGCAGUGGUGCUGGGGAAGCAAUUGGAUUAUGUAUUAACUGGAACCAGUAUUACACUCGCUGCCACACAGGAAAUACUAACCCCCACAAAGGUGCCAUCAACUUUGACAACAUUGUUUAUGCCUGGAUUGUAAUUUUUCAGGUCAUCACUCUGGAGGGCUGGGUGGAGAUCAUGUAUUACGUAAUGGAUGCCCACUCCUUUUAUAACUUCAUUUACUUCAUCCUACUCAUUAUCAUCGGCUCAUUCUUCAUGAUCAACCUGUGCCUCGUGGUUAUAGCCACCCAGUUUUCCGAGACCAAACAGCGGGAGCACCAGCUGAUGCAGGAGCAAAGGGCGCAGUGCCUGUCCUCCUCCACCCUGGCCAGCAUGACGGAGCCGGGAGACUGCUACGAGGAGAUCUUUCAGCUCGUCUGCCACGUCCUCCGCAAGGCUAAGAGGAGAUCAGCAGCUUUCUACUACACGCUGAGGGGCAAGCCCCCGCCAGCUGGCGGAGGCCGAGCCAACAGGCGCGGUGGAGGGAAUGCAAACGGGGAGCGACAUCAUUCAAAGCAUUCGAAAUCAACGCAGUGUCCACACCAAAGCAAGCAGGAUCACAGCCUUGAGCCGCUAUCCAACUCCAUCAGUCUGUCCGUGCCUCAGAACCCAGAAGACUGCCCUAUAUGCGUGCUCUCCCUCAAAGAGGGGGGAGGGCCCGCGGGGGCCCGCGAAGGUGAUGAGGAGGAUUCGGUGAAGGAGACGGGUGAGAACCACUUGGAGGAGAGAGCAGAUGGGCCGAGGAAGAGGAGGAGGACAUGCUUCGGACGCUGCAGGGACAUGUGGAAUGGCAUGAGGAGGAAACUUUGGGGCAUCGUGGAGAGCAAGUACUUCAGCAGGGGCAUCAUGAUCGCUAUUCUUAUCAACACCAUCAGCAUGGGCAUCGAGCAUCAUAACCAGCCUGAGGAGCUGACCAAUGUCCUGGAGAUCUGCAACAUCGUCUUCACCAGCAUGUUCACCUUGGAGAUGAUCCUGAAGCUGACGGCCUUCGGCUUCUUUGAGUACCUGAGGAACCCCUAUAACAUCUUUGACGGCAUCAUUGUCAUCAUCAGCGUGUGUGAGAUCAUCGGCCAGUCAGAUGGCGGUCUGUCCGUGCUGAGGACGUUCAGGCUGCUGAGGGUCAUCAAGCUGGUGAGGUUCAUGCCUGCGCUGAGGCGGCAGCUGGUGGUGCUGAUGAAGACCAUGGACAACGUGGCCACCUUCUGCAUGCUCCUCAUGCUCUUCAUCUUCAUCUUCAGUAUCCUUGGAAUGCACAUAUUUGGCUGCAAGUUUAGUCUGAAGACGGAGGCAGGGGACACAGUACCUGACAGGAAGAACUUUGACUCCCUGCUCUGGGCCAUAGUCACUGUCUUUCAGAUUCUGACCCAGGAGGACUGGAACAUGGUGCUGUACAAUGGCAUGGCCUCCACCUCACCCUGUGCUGCCCUCUACUUUGUGGCGCUUAUGACAUUUGGAAACUAUGUGCUCUUCAAUUUACUGGUUGCCAUCCUGGUUGAGGGCUUCCAAGCUGAGGGCGAUGCAAACCGCUCCUACUCAGACGAUGACAGGUCAUCUUGUAAUUUUGAGGAUGAUAAGCAGAAAGACUCAUUGCACCUCUCAGACCCAAAGAUCUGUACACUCACCCCUAAUGGGCACCUAGACCUGUCCCCGCUGUCGGCUGGCCUGUUUGCAGGAGAGAGGUUGACCUUGGCUCUCGGCUCCAGGAAGAACAGUGUUAUUUCUCUUGGCAGGGCCAACCUGGAGCAGAGAGCUCUGUAUCCAGGUCGGGCCUACCACAACUGGGGCCGCCCGCUGCCCCCCCAGCCACAGGCCCUGCUGGCUCGUCGCUCCAGUUGGAACAGCUUGGGAGGAGGGCGCCCCUGCUCCUCCUCAUCUCCCUCCGGUAGCCCGGCCUUCACCCCCACCGCCGCAAAACCUUUCUGUGGAUACAGUUUGGGAGGACAGGGGGGCGUGGUCGGAGGAAGCCUUCGAAUCCGGGGGCCGCGUGCCUCUUUAUCCCCACACUGCCACUUCCGCCACGUCCAGCCAGAUGAGGAGGAGUCUCUUCUUUCGCCCCCUGAUGUUGCUCAGCACUCCCUGCAGCUCCCCCACCCCGUCCUUCCGGGUCCUUUUGCACAGAGGCGGGACCGCAGAGCGCUGUCGCUGGAGUUGCCUCACUUGCUUCAAGUCCCCGGGGCCCAGCAUCCUUCACCGCAGACUCAGCACUUGCCCCCUCCUCUGAUGCUCCAUGCUCACAACAGGAAGAAGAGCUUCUCAAGUAGUGGCGAUGGUGACGGUAGCGGCUUGGGUGGGAUGCAUCAGGACUGUAAUGGGAAGACUCCUCUAUCACAACUCCUCCAGCUCCCCCCUAGACACCAGACUGAGCAGGCGAGAGAGCGGAGCCCUCAGAGUCAGCUGAUGACUGACGUCUUCCCGCAGGUUAAUGCGCGCAGCAAGGACCGGGAGGACCUGGAUGAUGACAUAGACUAUAGCCUGUGCUUCCGCAUCCAGAAGAUGUUGGAGGCGUACAGGCCAGACUGGUGCGAGACCAGAGAGGACUGGUCUGUGUUCCUGUUCUCGCCACAGAACAAGUUUAGGCAGAUCUGCCAGUCCAUCAUAGCCCAUAAGCUCUUUGACUACGUGGUGCUGGCUUUCAUCUUCUCCAACUGCAUCACGGUAGCGCUGGAGAGGCCAAAGAUCCUACAGGGCAGCUUGGAAAGAGUGUUUCUCACCAUCUCCAACUACAUCUUUACGGCCAUCUUUGUGGGCGAGAUGACACUCAAGGUGGUUUCUAUGGGUCUGUAUAUGGGCGAACAGGCUUAUCUGCGCAGUAGUUGGAAUAUUCUGGACGGCUUCCUGGUGUUUGUGUCUUUGAUUGACAUUGUGGUGUCCAUGGCGGGUGGAGCUAAAAUCCUGGGUGUGCUCAGAGUGCUCAGACUGCUCAGAACGUUACGUCCCCUUAGGGUGAUCAGCCGAGCUCCAGGCCUGAAGCUGGUUGUGGAGACCCUCAUCACUUCUCUCAAACCCAUCGGAAAUAUUGUUCUCAUCUGCUGUGCUUUUUUCAUCAUUUUUGGCAUUCUUGGAGUACAGCUGUUUAAAGGCAAGUUCUUCUACUGCUUUGGCCCUGAUGUUAAAAAUAUCACCAACAAGUCUGACUGUCUGCAAGCCAACUACAAGUGGGUCCACCAUAAGUACAACUUUGACAACUUGGGACAGGCUCUAAUGUCCCUGUUUGUACUCGCCUCCAAGGAUGGCUGGGUUAACAUCAUGUAUCAUGGCCUGGAUGCUGUGGGUGUGGAUCAACAGCCGGUGACCAACAACAACCCCUGGAUGCUGCUGUACUUCAUCUCCUUCCUCCUCAUCGUCAGCUUCUUCGUCCUCAACAUGUUUGUUGGUGUGGUGGUGGAGAACUUCCACAAGUGUCGCCAGCACCAGGAAGUGGAGGAGGCAAAGAGAAGAGAGGAGAAGCGUCAACGGCGCAUGGAAAAGAAAAGAAGGAAAGCACACAAGCUGCCCUACUAUGCCAGCUAUGGCCACAUGCGCCUGAUGAUCCACACACUGUGCACAAACCACUACCUGGACCUCAUCAUCACCUUCAUCAUCUGCAUCAAUGUAAUCACGAUGUCUCUGGAGCACUACAACCAACCUCACUCUCUGGAUCUCGCUCUGAAAUACUGCAACUAUUUCUUCACCUCAACGUUUGUGCUGGAAGCGGUACUCAAACUCAUCGCCUUCGGCUUUCGCCGCUUCUUCAAAGACAGGUGGAACCAGCUGGACCUGGCCAUUGUUCUUCUGUCAGUGAUGGGCAUCACCUUGGAGGAGAUUGAGAUCAGCGCCGCGCUGCCCAUCAACCCUACCAUUAUCAGGAUCAUGAGAGUACUGAGGAUCGCACGAGUGCUGAAGCUGCUGAAGAUGGCAACAGGAAUGAGAGCCCUCCUGGAUACGGUGGUCCAAGCCCUUCCUCAGGUGGGUAACCUGGGUCUGCUCUUCAUGCUGCUGUUUUUCAUCUACGCCGCCUUAGGAGUAGAGCUUUUUGGAGAACUUGUUUGCAAUGAAGACUAUCCCUGUGAGGGUAUGAGCCGUCACGCUACUUUUGAGAACUUCGGCAUGGCCUUCCUCACCUUGUUUCAAGUCUCCACAGGCGACAACUGGAAUGGCAUUAUGAAGGACACAUUGCGGGAGUGCCCACCAGACCACAACACUGAUGUGGACUAUGCCUGCAAUCCAAGCCUUCAGUUUAUCUCGCCUAUGUACUUUGUCUCCUUCGUGCUCACCGCCCAGUUCGUGCUCAUCAACGUGGUGGUGGCUGUGCUGAUGAAGCACCUGGACGACUCCAACAAGGAGGCCCAGGAGGAGGCGGAGAUGGAUGCAGAGAUUGAGCUGGAGCUGGCCCAGGGCACCCUCUGUUGCAUGGGCGCCCCCGGCUGCGGGGGUCUGGGCAGGGACAAGGGCUUGCCCGCCGCCGGAGCGGGUCCUGGAGGCGCGGUGGGGGAGCGGGAGCGGGCCAGCGCCCGAGGGGAGCGGGGAGACGGGCCCAGGAGGAUGCGGCACGCGGCAGCGGCGGCGCACCGGGGGCCGUACAGCUCGCUGGGCUCCAGCCGGACCCUGUACUCGCCGGCACAAGAGAGCCAGUGGCUGGACAGCGUUUCUCUCCUCAUCAAGGAUUCGUUAGAGGGGGAGAUGCUGAUGAUCGACAACCUCUCGGGCUCUGUCUUCCACCACUACUCCUCACCCCCGCCCAUCUGCAAAGACUGCAAGGGCCACGCGCAAGAGCAGAUCAGGAUGGCUGAGAUUGAGCAGGCUUCGCUGAAGUCGGAGCAGCUGUCAGACAAGUCCUCAUCCCCGGCGCUGCCAGACGACCUCAGCCUGGACGAGCACUCCGCCUAUCAGCUGCUGGUGCGAGAGAGCAAGGGAAGGUGCAGCAGUGACUCCCGCAGCUCAGAGGAGGCCGGAGGCGGAGGAUGCCACCCGGCUCAGACGGUGGUGCAAAGCCAGGUGCAGGGCUCGAGUCUGCACUGCAGGGCCCUCUGCAGCGGCGCCGAGGCCGAGGUCGCGCUGCAGGAGAUGGAGAUGCACCAACCACACAUGUGCUCGCCUCCCUGCAGCCCUGGUGCCGUGUCCAGCAGCAGCAGCAAGGACAGAAGUAAAGAAGGAGCAGGAGGAGCCAGUGGCGUUUCUCCCCUCUUUCGACUGCAUGAAGGCUUCUUCCACCCGACAGGAGGAGUCAUCCCAGCACCCUCUCGCAGUCGGAGCCUGAGGUUGACGAGGAGCCUUAGACUGACCUCCCCGGCCUCCUGGGCUUCUCUCCGCUCCCCAGGAGCUCAUAGACGGAUGCUCUGUACACAGUACCCGUCCCACAGUGAGUCAUCCCUUGCCACAGGCAGCUCAGAAGGCAGCCUGCAGACCACCCUGGAAGAAGGACUGAGCUUCAGCGUCUCUCCACCACAGAACCUGCCCAUGACCGCAGCCCCCCUCCCUCCCUCCUGCCCACUCCUGCUCCCCGAGGACGGCAUGAGCCUUUCCUCCCCAGUUCAGGCCCUGAAACCGAGGCUGACGCCCUCAUCGGCGCUGACUCUUCAAGCUACCAAGGGGCACCAGCGGAGUCAGAGCAGCGGACGAGGGAGCACCAGCCCAGGCUACACCCGCGAUGACUCCAUUGAUCCUUCCGACGAGGACCUGGGUAUUGGCAUUGGAUCGUCUAUCGGGGGUUGUGGCUCCAGCCAGGCAGGCAACAGUGAACACUUGUCAGAGACGCUGAGCAGCUUGUCGCUGACGUCGCUGCUGUCGCCCAGCUCCCUGGUGUACCCGGCAGGAGCAGUGAAGAAGUGCAACAGCACAGGCAGCCUGGACCAAGGGGGGAUGCUGAUCUCAUCCCGGGGCAGAGAGGGGCGCAGGGAAAUUCUGGGUCUGGAACUAAUGGACCCUCAGGGCUUGUUGGCCAAUCCCUGGACAGGGGCGUUAGGCGAUACAAGACGAGGAGAAGGACGCCGUGAAAUGGAAGAUGGCGAGCAGAGAUUUAAAGGGAAGAGCUCAAGCCAAACAACAGUAGGUCCUUGUCGGAAAAACAGAUGAGAUCUGCUGUUUUCUCUUCCUUUGUCUCUCCAUUCCUUGGAUCAAAACUCAAUGCUGUUCCUCUCAUUCUCUCUGCUCCCAUCAGCGAGAGAGAGGCUUGAUGACACAUGAUGUCCUGUAUUCCUACACCAAACCCUCAUCUUCGGUCCCUUUCUAUGCGUUUGUGACAAGCCCAUGUCCUUUGUUGUGCUGCCUAGAGGAGUGGUCUUGGUUACGUUCAGCUUGCGAGGAAGUGGCCUGAGGAGAGAAGUCGCAGGAGCUGAAGCUCUUUUGUCGAAGCCUCUCGGCGGUUGCACCUGUAGAGGGGGUUCUGGUCACACUGAGGCACCAGGAGAAACCACACGAGAGCUUGAACUCAGAGACACACAGGUUCACUGAGGCUGCUAAUGCAAAAAUAGAAGUACCCAAACAGAAACAGCCCACCAUGCCAACCAAGACUGCUCUGCUAUGUUUUUGUCUCUGAGGCAGUGCAGCAAGUAGGUGGGCGGCGGCUUGGGGGUGGUGGAAUAUGUAAAGGCGGAAGGAAGGCUGGGAAAGGAGAAGGCAGGUCAUUUGUUUGGCUGGGAAAGCAGAAAGCGGAUCUAAUGUCCAUCUGUUCUGGCAGACGGAAACAACAGGUCUUACUCACUCUGGCACAGGACCUUCUGCUGAGAUCAGAGUAAAACGCAAGGUGGAGGAGAGUUCAGGAGCGCGUGCUCACGCUGUCUGUUUGUGAGAGCACUGCCUCAGGUAUCCAAGACAUGAAUUCAAUUAUUCUCAUCACUUCACUAUACCUUUGUAUUUUUGAAAUAGAGGAUAGGUAUUGACUGAUCAGAGCUUUGUGCAUCUGUCAAUUUGGCCUUGAGUGACAGCAGAAAAUGGAAAGAAAUUGACAGAUUGCAGAGGUAGAAGCGUGCAUGGCGUGAUUCGUGAAAUUGGUUAUUUUCCUUUCUAUCUCCAGCACAUCUCACUCAGUCAGACACGGAGAAGCGAUGUGGGAGAGAAGCUAGGUUCGAUGGAGCUUUAUAGUCCCCAUCAGAAGAAACAACUGUGUGUGUGAGGGUGUGUGUGCGUACAUGUGUGUAGGACAGCCUCGUGUGCAGCGAAAGCGCCUCACGUCCACUAAAGUGAGACUUUAAGCACACCCCAUUUGACUCUGCUCCUCUACGAAGGAUUUGAAAUGAAUGGAGCUGCGAGGGACCUUGACUGCAUGAUGGAAUUGCAUUUAACCAAUAUUUUUAUCUGUAUACAGACAUGUAUCAAGAUGUCAGUGUUGGGUGAUAACCAUGUGAUUUCUAUUCCACUAUUUUUGUAGAGAGGAGAACAGGCGCGUGUUCCCGCUCCUCCGUCCCAGUCGAUUUGACCCCUGACAUGUUGUCUAGAACUCUCCGUCUGCCGGUGGCUUCCACUUUUCUAACUUUUUUUAAGGCGUGGACAGUGUAUAAAACAACAAAGCAAAAAAAUCUCAAGCGAACUUUGCGCUGACGCGAUUGUUCCCUCCAGCACAUUUCUCUUUGGGAACACUGGCUCCUCCUGGGGUGUUUUUCUGCUCGACGUCGGACUCUCACAGGAACAGUCGGAGACGCGGACAGCCAUACUCGCUCAGCGUGAGGAUCGCUCUAGCUCAUCCACAUUCCUGUUGCACACAGGGGACUUUAUUUACUUUUUUAGCCUCCUCCUAUGCUAAAAACCAUGACUGGCAUAAUUCACCUAUGAAAGCUUUAAUUUGGGAGUUAAACCACAACAUAUCGAUGGACACGUCAGUGUUCUUUAAGCAUGGUUUUAGGAUUGCAAUACAGUAUGCUUAUUUUAAAAUGUCAUCCUGAUGCACUCCUCUUCUCUUCCCCGUCCCUUCACACCUACAGUAUGUUGUAGCAACCCUCCUGCACAUCAUGGUUUGAUAUCAAAGGCUGAUGCUGUGACAGAGAACAAGAGUUCGCAUCUUGCAAGUGGAAUUUCUUUUGGCGCGCGCCACUUUGCUCCACCCAGAACGGAGAUGCUUGUCUUAAUUAGCUUGAUUUCUAGAGGUAGACUGUUGCAUCCUUAGUGUUUUGAUCAUUACCUUACUUUUUUAAUUUGUGAAAAAGACUGAGGUGAUGUGAGAAAAUCUGAGACUUUGACCUUUUCUAUCAUGCAAAAUCACACUGAUGACUAUGUUUUGUCACAUGGUGUUGGGUAGAGGUGAGUGAGUGAAGGCGUGUGUGUGUGUGUGUGUGUGUGUGUGUGUGUGUGUGUGUGUGUGUGUGUGUGUGUGUGUGUGUGUGUGUGUGUGUGUGUGUGUGUGUGUGUGUGUCAGCGAGGAUAUCUGAGCGGCGGGUGAAGGGAGCAGACACAAAGCAACCAAGGGCUGUUUUCACUUCAAAGAUAUAUCCUUCUAUCUUUUUGAGACAAAUCCUUGUGUCAGUAAAUAUGACGUCGAAGGUUAAAGCCUGUCAACACAGCAAUAAAUGUUCUACAUGUAUGCCCUGAGUAAA